GACAUACAGACCAAAGCUGCUAGGGGGGUAAGGCUAGCACACCAAGAGCUAUACAAGGAAACACAUACUUUACGAAAAGGUGUCCCCCAAGGAUAAGAAGCUCCAUGGUGUGGCGACAACAUAAGACUCGGCAUGAUACAUAUGUCAGUGAGUGCUCUGCUACAUAUGGCUCAAACUCAGCAUCAUGGCCACCUCGGGAUAAUGACACUUGGGCAACUGCUGUUGGGGGAUGCCAUAGCAAUUUCAUGCCAGGAAUUGGUUCACAAGUAAACCCAAAGGAACUUGGGCUUACAUAUAGAAAACGACAACCAACGAGGACUUCAUAUGUGAGCUUGAUGAUAUCAGACAUGGCUGAAAAACAAGCCAAAGAUAGGGAGGCAAUGCAAAUGAUGAGAGACGAAAUAAGGCAAGUCAAAGAGCAACGAGAAGCAAUGCAACGGAUGCUGGAAGACAUGGGGAGGAUGCAGGCAUCUCUAUUACAGCAAUUUGUUGCUUUUAGUGCCUACGGGAUGCGCCCGCCUAGUGCUACCCCAUCAUUGCCUCACACUGGGCAAGCAUUUCCUCCUAUAGGGACAUCAUUCCCUACUGCUGGGCCAUCGUUUCAUGCUAGUGGGCCAUCAUUUCCUCAUGCAAUGCCAAUGCAAAUGCCAAUAGAACUUGCAUUUCCCAUGGGCCAAAUGGGGAGACAGUCAGGAUCUCCAGGUACAUCUUCAGCCAAUCCCCCAUAAGAUGAUUAUGGUUACCAGUCGAGAUUUGAUGCAGAUUACUAGGGUCUAUUUGGGCCGGAAUGAUCAGUGUGCAUGAGAUUGCGAACGCAAAACUUAGCAUGUUCUGGAUGCUUGAGGAAAACACUUUUAGUUUUUGGAAGGGUGAUUUGAACUUGUUAGGACAUAGGUGUAUAUGUCAGUUGGAAUUGAAUGAU